UUGUUUAUGUUUGAGGAAGGAAAACUGGUGAACUGUCUUAGGAUGAGGCUGGUCUGUGGAAGGUGACAGGAUGAUUAAGUUUGUGCUAAUGGUGAACCAGCAGGGUCAGACCAGACUGUCCAAAUACUAUGAGCCAGUGGAGCUGAGCAAGAGAGUAGCGCUGGAAGCGGUGGCUGUCCGCUGCUGCCUCAGCCGCGGGAAGCAUCAGUGUUCGUUUGUGGAGUACAAAGACUUUAAGCUGGUGUACCGCCAGUAUGCGGCGCUGUAUGUUGUGGUGGGGGUGACAGACAGUGAGAAUGAGUUAUCCAUCUACGAGCUGAUCCAGAACUUUGUGGAGGUUUUAGAUAAAUACUUCAGCCGUGUGAGUGAACUGGAUAUCAUGUUUAAUCUGGAGUCCGUUCACAUCAUCCUGGACGAGAUGAUCCAGAACGGCCACAUCGUGGAAACAAACAAGAGCCGCAUUCUCGCUCCACUCAUCGCCAUCGACAAAAUGGCGGAUGGGUGAAGCAAGCAGGAAAUGAUGUCACAGACUAUUGGAGCACUCUGGGGAAUAUUGGACUGGUGUUUGUUAGGGGUGCGCCGGUAAAUCGGUCCUGGUUUCCUUAAUGUUGGGUGAUCAACCAAAACUCACAUGAGAAACUGAUCUUAUCUUCCUCUGCAAAGGUCGGACACGCCUGACAGACAGACCGCCCACCGGGUCACCAGGUCACAUCUGCAUCUGCGCAGUUGACAAGAGUCACUCCACUGUUGCCAACUUAGCAGCUUUGCCACCAUAUUUUAAAAAACUCAGAUCAGGCAUUUUGAAGAUCAGCGAUUGGCCAGAAAACUGCAAUCGGUGCACCCCUAGUGUUUGUAGAGCAAACUGCUGCCAAGUCUCCAUGAGGCGCUAAUGUACCAGUGUGUGCAUCUCACAGCAACGCUUAACAGUACAGAAUACUGCUGACAGGUUGCAACUGUGUGUAAGGUGAAGUAAUAAUGUUUGUGGUUCAGUCAGCUGAUAAUACAUGGUGAAACCUCA